GACUGCAAAUCAUAUACACAAAGAAUAAUUCAGUGAUGGAGGUUCAAUCUAUCUUCGGCCUUACACUGACCAUUCUCUUCUUAUCUGGAGUUCACUCAGCAACCUUCCAAAUCAAAAACAAUUGCGGCUUUACAAUCUGGCCAGGAACCCUAACUGGGGCAGGCAGUCCGCAGUUGUCUUCAACCGGUUUUGAGUUAGCCUCCAGAGCAUCAUUAACCCUAAAUGUCUCACCUCCGUGGUCAGGCCGCGUCUGGGCUCGAACCAAUUGCACCACUAAUGCCUCUGGAAAGUUCACCUGCGCCACUGCAGAUUGCGGAUCUGGUGCGGUAGCCUGCAAUGGCGCUGGCGCCAUCCCACCUGCUUCACUCAUUGAGUUCACACUGGCAGAAAAUGGCGGACAAGAUUUUUACGAUGUUAGUCUUGUUGAUGGCUUCAACUUGCCUCUUUCAGUUACACCACAAGGCGGAACCGGCGGCUGUUCGUCGACAAGCUGUCUGGGUAAUGUGAACUCGGUUUGCCCAUCGGACUUGGCGGUGAAAGGCCCCGAUGGGAGUGUUAUAGCAUGCAAGAGCGCUUGUUUAGCAUUCAAUCAACCGCAAUAUUGCUGCACUGGUGCUUUUGGUUCGCCGGAUACAUGUCCACCGACUACAUUUUCUGAAAUUUUCAAGAAGAAGUGCCCACAGGCUUAUAGCUAUGCUUAUGAUGAUAAGACUAGCACGUUUACUUGUAAUGGAAGAGCUAAUUAUGCUAUCGAGUUCUGCCCUUAAGUCUUUAGUCAGGAUGAAAAACUAUUGUUUUUU